GUGAGGGGUGAGGGGUAAUCAACGAGUCCAUGACGCGGGUUUUUUUUACCAAAAAAAAAAAAAAAAACCGUCAAGGGCCCAUCCCUGCCCGAAAAAAAAUUCAGAUCACGUUGUAAUCAUGUACAAGAAUCAAGGAGACAGCGAGCAGCAUGUGCAACAGCAAGCUCUGCAACUCAUGUGGCGACGCUGUAGUGUCCGGAAAUGCACAAACAAGACGCUAUUCUUUUUCGAGAAGAACUGCGUCUGUGUGUGUCCGUGUGUACAUACCAUGUGCGCCUACGGAUAUCCUGCUCUUACGUAUAGAUUGGGAAAAAUCCCCAAAGCCGCCUUCCUCAAACCCCCCACACAGACAAUCAUGUUUCUGUAUACAACCAGGCACUCCGAUGGUUUGCGUGACUGGCAGUAUGGGUCCAGUAAUCAUGAAUGUAACUGUACAGUCGUCAAGCACACUUUGCAUUGAAACAGCACAGUGUAGAUUUCUCAUUUCAGAGUCUCUGCAGCAAGACGAAAGUCGGAGGAAGGCGAACGAAGAGCCAAAAUUUCAACGGAGGUCCGGGUUCGCUUGCUAUGCUAUUAGCUUUGAGUCGCACCCGACUAAGCUGGCUACCUGUCUAUUGCCGGUUGGGGCGCGGAAGUAGUUCGUAAAUGUUGGUUAAAUUAAGGUAUAUCUGC